CUCUCUCUCAUGAAUCUCUCCCCAAAUCUCUCCAAUCUCUCCACCAAAUCUACUACUCCUCUAUAAUACAGAUUUCACUCUUCGUUUCUUUCUUCCCAUCCCUGCAGCAAAACAGAACUUCUCUUCAAAUUCCUACUCAAGGACCGAGAAAGAGAAUCAAGCCACACACUCUUUUCCAUCCACUGCUAGUCUCCAUUACCAAUCUGACUAGAGAAACCAAGAGAAAGGAAGAUAGAAGUCACAAUCUCUAUUAUUUACAGCUUACCCGUCUCAGAUUAGUGAAGGUUGAGCGGCGACGAGGAUGUGGUGGUGUUGAGCAAGUGAAUUUAAUAUAUAAUUGAUGUCUUUGAACCUUGAGUGUCGUUGUGUCUUCACACAUGACGUCAUUCUUUCUCUUGGUCGUUUCCGCUGUGAUAUUGAUUGCACUUAUUCUUUAUUGGGCUUGCAAACUUAAAUUUGUUGGAUAUUGAAUACUUGAGAUUUCGUUGGAUAAUAUUAAACUCUUGCUUAUUUAUUUGGAUAUUAAUUGUUGGUCCAUCUUGAAACACUAAUUCUUUUCGUCCUUCUAUUUAAUUCUUUUAAUCACGAUCGCCCGUAUUUAUUAACCCUAAAGGGCGGUCGUGACAAUAACAGAACAAAAAGAAUAUAGUAUAUGAUUUAUUAUGUUAAAAGUUUGUUUUAAAUGAAUUUUGGAGGUUAGAGUCCUAUAAAAGUAAAACAUAAGCAACGAGUAAUUUUUAACUUAAUAUUCUCCUUUUUUGUAUUAAUUUUACAAUAUUUUUGUAAGGGAUACUAAAAUAAAGUAUUGAGCAGAUGAAAUACCGGAUAACAGAAUCUCCCUCUUCGAAGGUGCUAUCAUGGAGGUCUCCGGCCACUUCUCAGGCGUUGCUUCCCGCCAUUUCCCCGCUUCUUCCUCACUCCAAAUCCCAAAAUUGCCUCUCCGCAGCUCACUCUUCCCCAGGAGGUCCUGCUCGCCGCAAUCACUCUCGUUCUCCGCCGGAAACUCCUUUGCGAGAGAGAUGUGGGGACUGAUAAAUUCCAGAAGCUGCGCUGGUCAGAGUAGGGAAAUGCGCGGCGUCGUGAGAGCGGAGAUGUUUGGGCAGCUCACGAGCGGCCUAGAAUCCGCUUGGAACAAGCUCAAGGGAGAAGAGGUCUUGACCAAGGAAAACAUUGUGGAACCGAUGAGAGACAUUAGGAGAGCUCUUCUGGAAGCAGAUGUCAGUCUUCCUGUUGUUAGAAGGUUUAUUCAGGAUGUUAGCGACCAAGCUGUUGGUACCGCAUUGAUCCGUGGAGUAAGACCUGAUCAGCAACUAGUGAAGAUAGUUAGUGAUGAGCUAGUAAAACUAAUGGGAGGAGAAGUUUCGGAGCUGGUCUUUUCAAAAACUAAACCAACUGUCAUAUUGUUGGCCGGGUUGCAAGGAGUUGGAAAGACUACUGUCAGCGCAAAACUAGCUUUGUAUCUGAAAAAGCUGGGGAAGAGUUGCAUGCUAAUCGCUGGGGAUGUUUACAGACCUGCUGCUAUUGAACAGCUGGUUAUUCUGGGCGAACGGGUCGGAGUUCCAGUUUAUGUUGCUGGAACAGACGUUAAACCUGCAGAAAUAGCAAGGCAAGGUUUGGCAGAGGCCAAGAAGAAGAAUGUAGAAGUCGUUAUAAUGGAUACUGCUGGAAGACUUCAGAUAGAUAAAGCUAUGAUGGAUGAACUGAAAGAUGUAAAAAAAGUACUAAAUCCCACUGAGGUUUUGCUUGUUGUGGAUGCAAUGACUGGGCAAGAGGCUGCUGCAUUGGUUACAUCAUUCAAUGUUGAAAUCGGAAUUACUGGUGCCAUUUUGACAAAGCUAGAUGGAGACUCUAGAGGCGGAGCAGCCUUGAGUGUAAAAGAGGUAUCGGGGAAGCCAAUCAAGCUCGUAGGAAGGGGGGAGCGUAUGGAAGACCUUGAACCUUUCUAUCCAGAUCGCAUGGCAGGACGUAUCUUAGGAAUGGGUGAUGUUUUAUCUUUUGUGGAGAAAGCCAAAGAAGUUAUGCAACAAGAAGAGGCGGAAGACUUGCAGAAGAAGAUAAUGAGUGCAAAAUUUGAUUUCAACGACUUCCUGAAGCAAACUCGUGCAGUCGCACAGAUGGGCUCCAUGUCUCGUGUUAUUGGAAUGAUUCCGGGCAUGGGAAAGGUUAGUCCUGCACAAAUUCGAGAGGCAGAGAAGAAUGUGCAAUUAAUGGAGUCUAUGAUUGAAGUAAUGACCCCAGAGGAAAGGGAAAAACCAGAACUAUUGGCAGAAUCACCUGAAAGGAGGAAGCGAAUCGCUAGAGAAUCUGGGAAAACAGAGCAACAGGUGAGCCAACUUAUUGCUCAAAUUUUCCAAAUGCGCGCACGAAUGAAGAAGUUGAUGGGUAUUAUGGAAGGUGGGUCACUUCCUACAAUGAGCAAUCUUGAGGAGGCCAUGAGGGAAGAACAGAAGGCCCCCCCUGGUACCGGAAGACGAAAGAAAAAAGCAGAAUCAAGGAAGCAAUUUGCAGACUCAGGUGCAAGACCUAGUCCUCGCGGUUUUGGGGCUAAAAACUAAACAGCUCUUUCUUUCAUAUUCACCCACAAAGUCCUCUACCAGUCUACCAUUAGUCUAUAUCUGCAUUUCUUCCUGCUGUUUAUUGACAAGAAAAUGGCUGUCAAUUGCUGUUGCUGGAGGUAACAGAAUUCAACAACCUUGUUGCUGUGUCUGUGUCCGAGUCUAUGUGGCGAGCAUUUCCUUAGCCAGCAAAACCUUACGAUGCUUCACUUAGGUUUUCGCAUUGUAGCAUCUCAUUUCAUCUUAUUUCAUUGCUAGUUGUAUUGUAGCAACAUGCCUGCAUAUUUCCCUCCAAUUUGUAAACUUUUGAAAGAUAAGUGAAUUUCAGCGUCUUACCUUUAGCAUUGAA